AUGCAAUCAUAUGCUUCUGCUAUGUUAAGCGUAUUUAACACUGAUGAUUACAGUCCAGCUGCGCAACAGAAUGUUCCUGCUCUCCGGAGAAGCUCUUCCUUCAUUUGCACUGAAAGCUGUAGCUCUAAGUAUCAGUGUGAAGCAGGAGAAAACAGUAAAGGCAGCGUCCAGGAUAGAGUGAAGCGACCCAUGAACGCAUUCAUUGUGUGGUCUCGCGAUCAGAGGCGCAAGAUAGCUCUAGAGAAUCCCAAAAUGCGAAACUCAGAGAUCAGCAAGCAGCUGGGAUACCAGUGGAAAAUGCUUACCGAAGCCGAUAAAUGGCCAUUCUUCCAGGAGGCACAGAAACUACAGGCCAUGCAUAGAGAAAAAUACCCGAAUUAUAAGUAUCGACCUCGUCGGAAGGCGAAGAUGCUGCAGAACAGUUGCAGUUUGCUUCCCGCAGAUCCUUCUUCGGUACUCUGCAGAGAAAUGGAACUGGACAACAGGUUGUACAGGGAUGACUAUACCAAAGCCACACACUCAAGAAUGCAGCUAGGCCACUUACCGCCCAUCAACACAGCCAGCUGA